UCCCUGCUCCUGCGACAUCGUGCCGGGCUGCGCGAGUGCUGCUUCGAGCUGCUCAUGAGCGUCUUCCACCUGCUCGCCUCGCCCGCCGCCUCGGUGCGCCACAAGGCGUUGGGCCUGGCCCUGGUGUAUGCUGUGGUGUGGCAGCAGACGACAUGUGGGGUGGAAGCAGACGACAUGCGGGGUUGCAGAUCCUCCUGGAGGUUGACCCGGUGUGCGCAUCCCGCGAGCUCCUCUACCUGGCCGCUACCGGAGACCGGAUGCAGCGGCUGGCCACAAUGGUGGCCUUCCGGCGGCUUCUGUGCCGCGGUCCGGGCCAGCCUUUCGACGUCUGGCUGCUGCCCAUGCAGGCCCUGUACGAGCUGUACCUGGAGCACGCCGAGCAGCCCAACGACGAUGUUCUGCGCAAAGAGGGCUGCCUGGGCCUCGAACUGCUCGAGCACACGUUCGAGCAAGUCGACCACGCCGAGGGCUCCGCGUCACCAGACGAACCCUACGCUCGACGGACUGCGGCUUCCACCGGACCGCUCUCCGACGCCAGCUGCUGCAGCGCGAGCCGCGAAGACGUCGUCUAGUUCGCCUCUAUGCGAAAGGCCGCGCGACAUGGUCACGGAUCAGAGCAGAGGUCGUCGCAACUGAGCUCUUUCGCUCGCCUCGGAAGACGCACGCGCAGUUUACAGUGCAGUCAGGCGUCGUUUAAGCGCUGCUUGCACCUGCGUAGCCAGGCAGGAACGUUAGCGAAAGAGCGAAGUGGUGUAACUUGAGGGCUACUUUGCCUUACAAAAGAGCUCGCCUGCGUCGGAGGAACUGGUUCACCUUGUCAAGGGGUGAACGCUGCGUCCUGAUUUAUCGCUGUGCUUAGCUUUAUUUAACCCAUGCGCCAGCGGCGUAUACGCGCGUAGCUGGCGAUUUGCGCCAAAGCAGUCGCAUAUUAGCUGCGCCUCGCACGACUUGCAAUGCAACCGGGACGUCGCCUAGACUUCUAUAUCGGGGCACAUAUUUUGGUCAUGUCUGUCAUCUGCUUCAGCCAUUGAGUCAAAUAAUUUGCACUUCCCAGA